AUGGCUUAUGAACUGCUAUUCAACGGCAAGGGACACGAGAGGAUCAUGCCGAUAGUAGUAAAAUCGCAGCCGAUACUAGAACAUUUACGUAUAGUCGCCUGUGGUCUUUCUGAUAUUCAUUGCUGGGAUGUCUUGGCACGCAACCAAUUCACACAGCUGACAAGUUUGGGGUUGACGGACAUCACUGGUAUGUCAAGCGAAGAUUGGUCCCAGAUUUUGCUCAUGCAGCAACAAAAUGAGAUCUUGGAAGUUGGAAAUCGCGCUGGAAUAACGCAGUAUCUGAACAGCAUUAUCGCAACCAUCGGUACGCUGCAACGGCUCCGUAUACUUUCCUUGCGAAAUUUCCUUCACAUGUUCAGCGAGAAUCCUCUUUGCGAUCUUACUCCGCUUCGACGUUUGCAACAGCUUGAAAAAAUGCGUCUCACGAACAUACCCAUCGACAACCAAGAGGCAGGAUGGAUUGUGUGGGCACAACGACUUGAGGAAACCAAAAUACUGAAUCUGGAACUGACAGCCGUGAAAGGUGUUACUGGUGCUGUCCUUGAGCAUUUUGAACAAGUCGAAAGCUCGGUGCUAUUGCGUGUUUCACGGAUCUAUAGUCUCACCAAUGCAGGCAUCAAUGCUUUUCGUAUCAUUGAAGGAUCUAGUAAAAAGAUUGAAGUCGUGGGGUGUUCAGGAUUAUCUCGGACAGAUGAUCUUCAUCCAGGAUUGAUGGAAAGGCAGCACGAUGUGGAUCUGGUCGGCAGCGAGUCUGGUGCCCUUUCAAACCUGAGCGAAAGCACAGACUAA